UUUCUAUAUCAUUGUGUAUUAUUUUAGGAAAAUAAAGAACAAGAUACGGUUGGGCUACAUAACUGCAUACAUUUUUCAGAUAGUUGAUCAGUUACUAAGACGUUCUGGUGCUUUCUGUACGUAUUCUUACUAGGGAAAAUCUUCAGGUGUUCACUCCCACGGUAGACAGUAAACGUAUAGGGUUUUUGCCUCAGCCAAUCGGAGUGGACUUAGUAAUUUUUAUUUUUUUUACAGAAAAUCCUUGAUGCGAGGGGUAAGAAAAUUGGUAUAUUGUUGUGUCCUUGUAAGAGAUGCACUGUGAUUGAUCUUUGAGGUCACGUGACUGCUUAUUCCUGCAUGGUUGUAGGCUGUCAUGUAGCCUUGUCAAUCAUUGUUCGAUUGCUGUGCCGAGAGGUCGUGCCAUUCUGUGACUCACAAAAACAUAUUAUGAGUGCAUUAUGGCAGACAUUUUCACGUCUGGGUGCCGGGGCCAUUCCACAUGUUGUAUUAUUCGAGCUGCCAGUUUCUUGGCUGAAACUAUGAAGAAUGUAGUUACGUUACCAUCAGCACUCUCGUUGGUAGAGAGUAAUAAUGGGAAGUUAGUGCACCUAAGUGGUGUUAUUUACACAGAUGAGCCAUUUGUUGUGAAUGAAUAUGGCAUUGCAGUGUCUGCUGUCAAAUUGAAGCAUCGAGUCCAGAUGUAUCAAUGGGUCCAAGAACAUAGAAGUGAAUAUGAAGAUGGAGGUAAUGACAACAUUACCACACAUUAUAUAUAUUUCACAGACUGGAAAGACAAGCUUAUAAAUAGUUCAUUGUUUUUUAUUCGUCCAGGUCAUGAGAAUCCAAGGAAAUUACCACGCAAGACUAAAGUCUUCAUAAGUGAACGUGUUACAAUUGGCAAAUUCUCAUUGAGCUCAGCUUUAAAGCAAAAGUUCAACAACUUUGUAAUAUUUACCAGUGAUGAACGUCCUGAACAAAGGCACAUUAAGUUGCAUUCAGGACUAUAUUACCACUGCCAUGAUGUCUGGCAUCCUGAAGUAGGCGAUAUUCGAAUUCAGUUCUCGUAUGCAGGAAUGGCUGGAGAGUAUGUUACCAUUUUGGCGAAGCAAGUAGGUGUGGAAUUGCAGCCAUUUGAACUCCCAACUGGGGAAGUUAUAGCUGAGAUUCGUCCUGGCUCAUGGUCUAUUAAGGAGAUGUUCCAUCAAGAUCAUUCAGCACAAUGGGGCCUGCGGUGGACAUAUAGAGCUUUGGGAUGGCUUUGUGUGUUCCUUGGCACUAAUUGUUCCAGCACUUUUCUUUACCUUUUAGUUUGCAGGUACUCAAAUAGAACCACUCCAGCGACAUCAUGCCUUACUUCAAUGAAGUUGACUUUUUCAGUCUCACUGUCAUUAUUCGUAAUAUCUAUGUCGUGGCUUUGGUAUAAACCUAUUUUAGGAUUGACUAUUUUUGUUGCAGCUGUGAGUCCUGCUAUUUAUGUCAUUUUUAAGUACAAUUUAAGUGAAACACAAAAAUUGCUUUGAAAUUUAAAUGAAAUAUAUAAUUUUUUUUUUUCCAACUGUUGCCAUAUGUAACAUUUACCAAUAAAAUUAUUUAAUAUGUAAA